AUGGUUGAUGCCACUACCGGUCAUGAAGCUUUAUCUUUCAUGGAUGGAUCUUCGGGUUACAACCAAAUUCGGAUGAAUCCUAAGGAUGAGCAGCUUACAGCUUUCCGUACCCCUAAGGGAAUUUACUGUUACAAAGUGAUGCCUUUUGGACUAAAGAAUGCUGGUGCUACUUAUCAACGGGCCAUGCAGAAAAUCUUUGAUAAUGUACUUCAUAAAUACGUGGAGUGUUAUGUCGAUGAUUUGGUGGUUAAAACAAAAAAGAGGGAAGACCAUCUGGCAGAUCUACGAUCCGUGUUCACCCGCUUAAGAAAGUAUCAGUUUAAGAUGAACCCCCGCAAAUGCGCUUUUGGCGUAACAUCUGGAAAAUUUCUUGGUUUCAUUGUGAGGCACCGCGGUAUUGAAAUUGACCAGUCCAAAAUUGAAGCAAUCCAGAAAAUGCCAGAGCCCAAGAAUUUACGAGAACUUAGAGGCUUGCAGGGAAAACUGGCCUACAUACGACGAUUUAUCUCGAAUUUGGCUGGUCGAUGUCAACCUUUCAAUAGAUUGAUGAAAAAGGAUGUGCACUUUGAAUGGGAUGAGGCUUGCAGCAAUGCUUUUGCAUGCAUCAAAAGAUACUUACUUAAUCCUCCAGUUUUAGGUGCUCCUAUCCCAGGAAAGCCUUUGGUGCUGUAUAUUGCAACCCAAGAAAGGUCUCUAGGUGCUCUUAUGGCGCAAGAAAAUAAAGAGGGGAAAGAAAGAGCCCUUUAUUAUCUAAGUCGAACUCUCAAUGGGGCUGAAUUAAAUUAUUCUCCUAUUGAAAAGAUGUGUCUCGCUCUUUUCUUUGUCAUAGACAAACUGGAGCACUACAUGCAAGCAUAUAUGGUCCGUUUGAUAGCAAAGGCAGACCCAAUCAAAUAUGUCCUCUCCAGGCCAGUGAUUUCGGGUCGAAUAGCUCGAUGGGUAGUCUUGCUUCAGCAAUAUGACCUUGCAUACGUUCCACAAAAAGCUGUCAAAGGACAAGUAUUGGCAGAUUUCUUAGCUGAUCACCCAGUUCCGUCUGAUUGGGAGUUCUCUGAUGAUUUCCCAGAUGAAGAUGUGUUUUACAUUGAAGUAAUGCCACCAUGGGUGAUGUUUUUCGAUGGGGCUGCACGUCAAGAAGGAGCGGGGGCAGGUGUAGUGUUUGUUUCUCCACAACGGCAUAUACUUCUUUACUCGUUCUCAUUAAGCGAACUCUGCUCUAACAACGUGGCCGAAUAUCAAGCAUUGAUCAUUGGUCUAGAGAUGGCUAUUGAGAUGGGCAUAUCGCAACUUGAGAUAUUGGGAGACUCCAAAUUAGUUAUCAACCAAAUCUUGGAGCAAUAUGACGUCAAGAAAGAAGACCUCAUCCCCUAUUGCAAACAUGCGAAGAAAUUGCUAGCAAAUUUUGAAGCCAUCACAUUGGAGCAUAUACCGAGGAAGGAGAAUAGACAGGCCGAUGCUUUAGCUAAUUUGGCUACUGCCUUAGCAUUAUCCCAAGAAGAGACAACCAAGGUCGCUAUUUCCCAAAGGUGGGUGGUACCUCUCGUGGUUGAAGAAGAAGAAGAAGAGCAAGCCAACAUCAUUUCUGUAUGCCUUGUCGAAAAAGAAGAUUGGCGACAAGUGAUCAUUGAAUACCUUCAACAUGGAAGACUCCCGGAUGAUAAACGCCACAAGACUGAAAUUCGGCGGAGGGCUGCUCGAUUCAUUUACUAUAAAGACACUCUCUUCCGCCGUUCAUUUGAUGGAUUGUUUCUCCGUUGCUUAGGAGAGGAGGAGGCUAAACAAGCCUUAGAGGAGGCUCAUUCUGGAAUAUGCGGCGCACAUCAGUCAGGUCCUAAGUUACAUUAUAGGAUCAAAAGAAUGGGUUACUAUUGGCCUACAAUGGUGCAAGAUUCUAUGGAAUGCGCUAAGAAGUGCGAAGCUUGUCAGUAUCACGCAAACUUCAUCCAUCAACCGCCAGAACCUCUACACCCAACCGUAGCUUCUUGGCCUUUUGAUGCAUGGGGGCUUGAUGCAAUAGGGCCAUUACCAAAGUCAUCCGGUGGCCACUUGUACAUCUUGGCCGCAACUGACUACUUCUCGAAAUGGGCGGAAGCUGUACCCCUUAGGGAAGUGAAGAAAGAAACGGUGGUCAAUUUCAUUCGAACUCACUUGAUCUAUCGGUAUGGUGUCCCUCGGUAUAUCAUAACUGAUAAUGGCAAACCAUUCUACAAUAGGCUGAUGACAGAGCUAUGUGAGAAGUUUGAAUUUAAACAAUACAACUCCUCCAUGUACAAUGCCCCGGCAAAUGGACUAGCUGAAGCGUUUAACAAAACACUUGGCAGUUUGUUGAAAAAAGUGGUAUCCAAGACAAAGCGAGACUGGCAUGAAAGAAUCGGAGAAGCAUUAUGGGCAUAUCGAACAACAUUUCGAACGCCUACUCAAGCAACGCCAUAUUCUCUUGUCUACGGAGUUGAAGCCGUCCUUCCUUUAGAACGCCAAAUCCCAUCAUUACAGAUUGCCAUUCAAGAAGGAUUGACUGGAGAAGAAAAUGCCAAGCUCAGGUUGCAAGAAUUAGAGGCACUUGAUGAAAAAAGGCUCGAGGCCCAACAACGCCUUGAAUGCUAUCAAGCUCGUCUUUCAAGCGCAUUCAAUAAAAGAGUCAAACCACGAUCAUUCCAAGUUGGUGACUUAGUCCUCGCCGUUCGAAGACCUAUCAUCACAACUCAUCGUACAGGCAAUAAGUUCACUUCAAAAUGGGAUGGACCUUAUGUUGUGCAAGAAGUCUACACCAAUGGAGCUUACAAGUUGAUUGAUAAUGAUGGUGUAAGGAUCGGCCCCAUCAAUGGGAAGUUCCUCAAACGCUUCUAUGCUUGA